CGCGCGGAUGCGUCGGGUUCCGCUCCCGGCGGGCCGAGGGGUUGCGCGCACACGAGCGAGCCGCCGUGACGUGCUCCGCCGUGCUACGCCAGACAUCACGGGUCUCUGUGUAGUGGCGGCCCGGCUGUCCUCAGCCGCAUCGCCUGGCGAGGGCUGCGCGGCGUUCGCGGGUGGCGCAGCCGGCGACAAAGACUACACACGGCGGACGAUCUAGUGGCAGAGUCGGCGCUUCCGCUUCGCUGCUUCUCCGGCCCCCGACGACGCGGGCCCGUGGCUUCCUCCUCAUCGGCCCAGCUUACCCCGCGGGCCCGGGGCUGCAGCUAUCCUGAAGCGGUAAAGAGGCCCCGGGCCGCGCGCCCGCUGCCCCAUGUGAAGCAGAUUGGGCCUGGUUCCCCGGCCCGCGCCCGGUUUCUGCUGCAGCCCUUCGGGCCUCCGUGGCCCAGUGAGGCGCCGCUCCUGGGGGGCGCGGUGACAGGCCGUGCGGGGGCGGAGGGGCCAGCUCGGUGGCCUCCUCUCGGCCCUCGGAUCCGCGAUCCCCGCCCAGCGGCCGGAUUCAAUCCUACUCCACUGACCUGUGCCUACUCUACAACUAUUUUGAUUAUAGUAACAAGUUUUAAAGAUAGCAACUGCAGUAAAUAAUGUUGAUGGGAGAACCAUUUUCCUAAUUUUCAAAUUAUUAAGCUGGUCUUCAUAAUGGAUGAUCAGCAAGCUUUGAAUUCAAUCAUGCAAGAUUUGGCUGUCCUUCAUAAGGCUAGUCGGCCAGCAUUAUCUUUACAGGAAACCAGAAAAACAAAACCUUCAUCACCAAAAAAACAGAAUGAUGUCCGAGUCAAAUUUGAACACAGAGGAGAAAAAAGAAUCCUGCAGGUUACCAGACCAGUUAAACUAGAAGAUCUGAGGUCUAAGUCUAAAGUUGCCUUUGGGCAGUCUAUGGAUCUGCACUACACCAACAAUGAGCUGGUAAUUCCGUUAACUACCCAAGAUGACUUAGACAAAGCUGUGGAACUGCUGGAUCGGAGUAUUCACAUGAAGAGUCUCAAGAUAUUACUUGUAAUGAAUGGAAGUACACAGGCUACUAAUUUAGAACCAUCACCAUCAUCAGAAGAUUUGAAUAAUGCACAACUUGGUGCAGAGAGGAAAAAGCGGCUAUCUGUAGUAGGUACCACUAAUAGAGAUAGAAGUUCCCCUCCCCCAGGAUACAUUCCAGAUGAACUACAUGAGAUCGCCCGGAAUGGGUCAUUCACUAGCAUCAACAGUGAAGGAGAGUUCAUUCCAGAGAGCAUGGACCAAAUGCUGGAUCCAUUGUCUUUAAGCAGCCCUGAAAAUUCUGGCUCAGGAAGCUGUCCAUCACUCGAUAGUCCUUUGGAUGGAGAAAACUAUCCAAAAUCACGGAUGCCUAGAGCACAGAGUUACCCAGAUAAUCAUCAGGAGUUUUCAGAUUAUGAUAACCCUAUAUUUGAGAAGUUUGGAAAAGGAGGAACAUAUCCAAGAAGGUAUCAUGUUUCAUAUCAUCAUCAAGAGUAUAAUGAUGGUCGUAAGACUUUCCCAAGAGCUAGAAGGACCCAGGGCACCAGCUUCCGGUCUCCCGUGAGUUUCAGCCCUACUGAUCACUCCUUAAGCACCAGUAGUGGAAGCAGCGUCUUCACCCCAGAGUGUGACGACAGCCGAAUAAGAAGAAGGGGAAGUGACAUAGACAAUCCUACUUUGACUGUCACAGACAUCAGCCCACCCAGCCGUUCUCCUCGAGCUCCAACGAACUGGAGAUUGGGCAAACUACUUGGCCAAGGAGCAUUUGGUAGGGUCUACCUCUGUUAUGAUGUUGAUACCGGAAGAGAACUGGCUGUUAAACAAGUUCAGUUUAACCCUGAUAGCCCGGAGACCAGCAAGGAAGUAAAUGCACUUGAGUGUGAAAUUCAGUUGUUGAAAAACUUGCUGCACGAGCGAAUUGUUCAGUAUUAUGGUUGUUUGAGGGAUCCUCAGGAGAAAACACUCUCCAUCUUUAUGGAGUAUAUGCCAGGGGGUUCAAUUAAGGACCAACUAAAAGCAUAUGGAGCUCUUACUGAGAAUGUGACUAGAAAAUACACCCGUCAGAUUCUGGAGGGAGUUCAUUAUUUGCACAGUAAUAUGAUUGUCCAUAGAGAUAUCAAAGGAGCAAAUAUCUUAAGGGAUUCCACGGGCAAUAUCAAAUUAGGAGACUUUGGGGCUAGCAAACGGCUUCAGACCAUCUGUCUCUCAGGCACAGGGAUGAAGUCUGUCACUGGUACACCUUAUUGGAUGAGUCCUGAGGUCAUUAGUGGUGAAGGCUAUGGCAGAAAAGCAGAUAUCUGGAGUGUAGCAUGUACUGUGGUAGAAAUGCUAACUGAAAAGCCACCUUGGGCUGAAUUUGAAGCAAUGGCUGCCAUCUUUAAGAUUGCCACUCAGCCAACAAACCCGAAGCUACCACCUCAUGUCUCAGACUAUACUCGAGACUUUCUCAAACGGAUUUUUGUAGAGGCCAAACUGCGACCAUCAGCCGAGGAGCUCUUGCGGCACAUGUUCGUGCAUUAUCACUAGCAGCCAGCAGCUUCUGUGCCUCCACCAGCUCCAUCUUCGAGUUCACCUUCUCUCUUACUGCACUUUCCUUUUUUAUAAAAAUGAGAGAUGGGGAGAAAAAGACAAGAGGGAAAAUAUUUCUCUUGAUUCUUGGUUAAAUUUGUUUAAUAAUAAUAGUAAACUAAAUUUUUUAUAUUUAAUCUUUUUCUUUACAAGAACUUGAAAGUUUUUUUUAAAAUUUUUAUAAUGUACUGAUGUGGUUCAGAGAUAUAAAGCACUUUAGUACAUAGUUGCUCUUUUUAGUACAAACAAAUCAUUUGGAAUAUAUAAAGAUUGUAGUCUUGCCCUGUAUCACUGACAUGGGAGACAAAGAGAAGAAAGUGAUGUACAAUUUGUAGUUUUUAGUGAUAGUAUUUAAAUAGAUCCUUAUUUGUGGGGUUGAGCCUAAACUUGGGUUUAGGUAGGUACUCAACUUAAAGAAUAUAGGUUCCUUCUUAUAUCUGUAUUCUAGAGCCUAACGUCUGUCUGUCAAGCUUUUUUGCUCAGUAGGACUCUUGAACAGAAGAUGAGAAUCUCUAAGAGGUAUGUUGGUUAAUCCUAGGCAAUAUACUAGGCAAAUACACUAUAGUAGAUUCAUGUUCCUGGAAUCUAUAAACCUUGAGAGAUAGCUUCUUGCUUAAAGAUACUGUUGUAUUUGAAAGCAGGUUAUGUGCAGCCAACGACUAAAUUCAACUAAAACACAGAUGACUGCUCAUUAAACGUCUGAGCAGUAGACGAGACCACAUUUGCCAGUCAGUAGGAAUAAUGGAAAAACAACCAAGUGUCAUUCAGUAUAUUUUAAACGUUGUUUACUUGAGGGAAAAUUUCCCAAAAUGAAGGGAACUGAGAAAUAAUAAAAUUGUGUCCCAUAUCUUUCUAUUUCAAGCCCCUGGUUUCCCAUAUUUGCAGUCUUUAGCUCAAAUACCCAUCUGUUAAAAGCUCCUGUCAUGAAAUAAAACCUUGUUCUUGUGAUCACAGAGUCCUAAGCCAGAGGCACCUCAGAAGAGCAAACAUCAGGUAACACUGAGGGCAGUGGUGGGGAGUCAAUUUUACUUCACUUGGCAUUUGGCAAGGUACUACUAGCAUCUAGUGGGCAGGAGUUGGGGGUGCUGCUAAACAGACUGUAGUAUACAAGGACUCCCUUCUCAGAAAUUAUCCUGCCACAGAUGGCAUAAGUGCCUAGAAUAAAAACCCCGUUAUAAGCUGAAAGCAGCCAUUCACAAAUCAGUAAAAACAUUUCAGAGGAAAGAUGUAGGGCAAAUGAGGGUCAAAAGAGUCAGGGAUGAACAGCCUCAUCGCAGCAGAUAACAAACGGUCCUUUCACAACUGCUGAUUACACUUGAAUCACUAACUCUCUCACUUUAGAAAUAAUGAAUUUGAGUAUUGAACCUUUUGAAUUUAGCAUCUCUGUAUAUUCUUUCCUAAAAGUCAGUUCAUCCUUCUAGGCCCAGAAAAGUACACCAAAACAAAGUGUUUACUAGCAGUGGGAAGAUUAAAACACUGCCAGAUAUUUCCAGUGUAAGCACCUAUUAGAGCCAUGUCAUUAAAUGGAAAGACUGAGCUGGAGAGGAUCCCGCUGUCUAGUAGAAUUAUGAGAUUUAAAAAACAUGAAGGUGUCAGUAAUUUGGCCACUUCUAAAUAUUUCAGCAUAUUAAAUCAAGUGCUAAGUAGUUUAUUUUCCAAAGUCUAGACGCUAACACUCUUCCAGGAGACCCUGAAUGGAAUGCUUUUCAUCAGAAGAGACAAAGAUUCUGAUUUCAUUGUUGUUGUUAUUAUUAUGUUCAUUUAGAUACCUUUUAAGUACUUUGCUUCUGAAGUUAUUUAGAUCCGGCAUUAAUGUAUCAAGAGCCUUUCGGGCAUACCCUGUAAUAAUUUUUGAAAUUUCAGUAGUGUAAGAGUCAAAGCAGGAAAUAUUAGUUAACACUUCUCCUGUGCACUGUAAAGCAAAGGAAGCCCUUACAAAGAUUAAACAUCAGGUGCCUACCACUUCAGCAAAUCUUAAUCUUAAGCUAGAAACCUAAUGUGUGGGUGUGUUGCAAUUUCUUUAUCUCUUAUGAGUGAGGACAUCUUUUCUACUUGAGCAAAGUCAUGGUACCUGGAUUGCUGGGGUUUUAUUUUGUUUGUUUGUAUUGUUGUUUCUUUGUCUCUAGUCUGGUUGUGAUUUCCCUUAGGCUCAUUUUUGGUCCGUCAGGGUAAUGUGCAGUACAGAAGAGAGACAAACACUCUUCAAAAAGAUACCUGCACACUGGAAAUCAAAGCAAUUGUUAGCUUUUUUAUAGUCUUCUAUUUCUUUUCUAAAUUCAGUAGUAAAUAGUUGUAUCAGAAUACUUUUGCUUUACAAGAAAAAUAAAAUUAUAAAGACUUAAAAAAAUAGAUUAAUAGUUUACAGAGUUAUUAUAUGGAAUAUGAUGUGAAUUUAUUUCAGACCAGUUAUGAAGGUACCAAAAACACAAUGAAAGUUUAUAUACAUACAUACAUACAUAUACAUGUAUGUGUGUAUAUACAUACACAUACAUAUAUAUAAAAGUACAGACACACACACACACUUGUGUGUGUAUAAAAGCAAAUGCUCUGUGUGUGUGUGUGUGUGUGUGUGUGUGUGUGUGUGUGUGUGUGUAAAAACAAACCCUGCAAGAGCCAAAAAGCUCGAAGUAGAUGAUAGGGGUAUGGAAUGGAAAGGUCAAUAGUAAAUUUUUUUAAAAAAAGAAAUUUUUUGAAAGGAAACAGUUUUGUCAAAGGAAGUAAAAUAUUACACUCCAUUUUUUUUCCUGCCUAAAUCUGUUUUGUGUUUUUAAUGUAUAACUGAUUCUUUGGUACGGCAAUGUUUCUUUGUGGCUGGAAAAUGGCCAGACUGCUGACUUUGUGCCUUUAAAUGCAUUCUGCAUUGCCAGUAGCAGACUUCCGGUGCUGGACCCAGAUCCAUUAGCAGCGUCAGAUGUGCUUCCAGGAAGCACCUUCUGCUUAGGCCCUGAGAGAUUCAAAGUGGCAUGACAGGAUUGAGUCAAGUGGAAGACAUUUUGCAGUGUAAACAAAAGUAGUUGAGUAAAAGAUUUGGAAAACAUAACUAAUACAAUUUUGGAUGGAUUGGUAUUUAAAUGUAUUGAAGUUUUACGUACUUUGAGGUUUUCAGAAUGAAUGCCUUGAACAAUUUCAGCACUUUUUCUUGUUUACAAAAAUAUAUCUCUAACUUUAGAAACAUCUGUAACUAUUGCCUUAGAAAGUAUUAAGAGGCACAAUCUACAACAUGUGAGAAGUCGAAUAUUAAUGCACAUGCUGGACUAUAAAAGAAAUUAAAACUUUCAUUCCAGAGUAAAUUGAAUUGACUUUCAUUUGAGUCUUCUUCCUAAUAGAAAUUACAUAAAAGUAAAAAUACAUCUAUAGAGUAGCUUUCUGCUACUAAGUUCUGACAUUGUUUAGGUCUGCUCUGUACUGUUUCUGAAAUAGGGUUGCUAUAAAAUUCGUGAAAUCGCUAAGAAAAUAAAAUCAAACCUGAAUAGAUGGGCAGAUGACCCAGCAUGAUGCAGACUCCUUGGCUAAUGGCACAGUUCAUGCCAAAGGUUUUAUUUGGGAUCUGAGAACUUUUAUAUAAAUUCAGCUGGAGUCAACCAGGUGUACAAAUAUAUGUCUUAUUUUAAUUUGUGUUUUUGAAGUCAGGGUCCUCACUGUGUGGUUCCAGGCUGGCCUGGAACUUCAUUGCUCUUCUUCCACUUCCAGGUGCUGGGAAAACAGGCAUGUGCUACUAUACCCAGCUUUGUCCAUUUUUUAAAAAAUAGGGUCAAUCUUUUUCAUUUUUUCCUCAAUAAUUGUGAUAUGUUAUGUCAUAUUAAAUUAAUAUCCUUCAGGAAGUUACAGUCGAGGAUGAGUAUGGGCAGUUAGUUUAUGGCAUACCCUAACUCUGAAAGUUUAGUAAUAAUGUUUAAAAUGCUAGCAUUUUUAUAUGGAAUAAUAAGGAAGAAAUUGUUUAGGUAAUUGUUGGCUAUUGUAGACUCCAAAGAUAUUAACAAGAAGGAUUAGAGUAAAACUAUCCCCACAUCCCAGGUUAGACAACCUCUCUGUCAGAACCUGUUCUUACUACACAACACAAACCCAGACUGUUCACCACAGUGGAAUAUUUAUUCCUUAGCACACUGUAUUGGGGUUCUCCCUGACCCUGCUGUUGUUGUUACAGUUUUAAUUUGGUUUUAAGGGGGAAAAACCCCAAACUUUAUUUUGGGGUGUUGAAAUAUCCAGAAUAUUUGAUAGAGGUUGAACUCGCGCCAAGUGUUUAUUAUGCUAGAUCAGAUUUUUAUUUUUUGAGACCCUAUUGUUUUAUCGUUAAAUUUGGCAUUUACUUUUAGAUGUAACAUUCAUAUUUAUUUAACUUUAACACUGGUUCAACUUCAAUGAAAAGCAAUUUGUUAAUUUUUAGUAGUGCCUUUUUCUCUGUAUGCCUUAAUUUUAUUUUAUAUGUGUAAUUGAAAUUACCUAACAAAAUGAAGUUUUCCAAAAUCACUAGGCCUCAAGAGUUUAUUUGGCCUUAGACUGUGUGUUGGUCCUUAUGUGUUUCUUAAUGCUUAUUUCCUACUCUUACCCUUUCUACCUCCUUUAAAAAAGUUAGGAGAGAAACAGCAGCAUUUAUCUGAUUGCAGUCUCCACUAUAUGUGAAGUCCUAAAAUAACUGCAGAAAGGUAUUCUCAUUCUAAAAGACAUAGUAAAUUAAUUUUGGGGUUGAUUACUUGAUUUUCAGUCAUAUUGGCACUGUCCAAGUUUUUGUGUAUUAUUAUUUGGUAUGAUUUUCAUAGAACUAGGGUUGUUGUCUUGCCCUAAAGAACUCCUUUAACAAAAGUUGAGGCAAUGAGCAAGAAAUCCAGGGACAGCAAAUUCUAAUCCUUAGUGUUUAGUAUUUUGACUAAUACUCUAGCUUACUGUUAUGUGAAGUGCGUGGUGUGUGCGUGUGUGUGUGUGUGUGUGUGUGUGUGUGUGUGUGUGUGUUUGGAGCUGGGGCAGGGGUAGGAAGGAAGGUGUAGUUAGUUGUUCAGUUAGAUCUGUCUCUGUUCUUGGAAGAACAACUGAAAAUGUAUGAUCUACUAAUUUGGGGUGAGAAUAAUCAUCCUCAAGUAGGCAUGCCAGUAUAUUUUCCGUAAGUAGCUAGUACAAAUGAUUGUUUAAUAAAGGUAUUUAUUGUAAAUUGCCAAGCUCUUAGUUGCUAAAAGUAGAUUAAAAUUCAAUUUGUGUGCUUGUGUGUAUAAUAAUUAGCUUAUAUAUAAUUCUUAAAUAGAAAAUAUUCAAUCUUAGAUAUUUCUUCAUGAACUUUUUGGAAUAGAAAUUCUGCCAGACAUUAUCUAACCUAACCAGCUUCCUUAGCUUACCAAGUCAUUAAAAGGAAAUAUUAUUAUACCUCUUUUUGGUUGGCUAAGGAAGGCGUGCUGUGAUGUCACUCUUCCUACUUCAUAGUCAUCUUUAGUGUUGCUUUGACUUCUCUCAUCAACUAGACAGGAUGCGUUAGGAGCUGUGGAAAUGCCCGGACCAUCCUUCUCUCCCUUUCCAUUCUCUCCAUUCAGAACUGGAGAUGACAAGCUUUCAGGAGAACCUAGACAGUUCUUUUGAUAGAGGUACUAAGUAUAGUCAAGGUUGAGCUUCAAGGGAGGAGUCAUAACUCCAGUAAAGAAAAGACUAACUUGUAUCCAUUGCCUGUACACAGUCUUAUAUAAUUCUUCAUGUUUUUUGUGUUGUGUAUUUUAAUAGACAGUCAUAAAGUAUUAGUCAUAAGGUAUUGUUUCCUAACAGCAAAGACAUUAAACAAGAGAAUACUCCUGUCCUUCUGCCUGAUGUUUGUUUGUAUCUCAGUCUGUAUUACCAGAAUCACUUUAAACCAAAGCUUUUGUAUUCCCUGCACAUAUAGCCAAAAUGAUUAGUCCUGUUAAAUCUGCCCAUGAGUAAACUAGUAGGAGAUAAGUGGUAGAACAGAUGCUAGUAGAAUUUGUAUGCCAAUCCUUCAAGGAAAAGGACAGGUGCUCAGUGUUUGCAUUUAGACAUGAAGAAUUUCCUUAAACUAUUGUGAAGCUGUAUAAUACUGCAGACUUAAGUUUGUAUGUGUGCCAAUCUUAUUAAUGUCAUUUGACCACUGAUGUAUGUAGAUUUGCAUUGACAUCUGAUUCCUCAGAUUGGUAGCUUAUUUUCUUUAGAGUCUCUUAACAUUUAUGAGCUUGUGUUUGACUUAAAGGGACAUUUCGACAAUGCUGUGAAGAAAAAUAGGUUAUAAACUAAAGUCUGCUUUGUGCCAUAGACAUUUUGGAACAUACAGAAGCAUCUGCUCUCUGUUCUUUUAGGCUUACAGAAUUUGUCCCCUGCUUUGGAUUUCUGAAUCUUGUAAUGCCAGUUGAGAAAAGUUUAUAACUAUUCUGAAAACCACUUGUGUUCAUUUAUUUGUAUAUUUUAUAACUUCUUUAAAAAAAAACCCUGUGUAACCAGUGAUUUUAGCAUUAGCAUUACUUAGAAGGAAAGAUAAGUAACUACAUGUUAAACUCUAGUAGAUGCUUUGACUCCAGGAUGUAUUUGAUAGGUUCUCAUUUUUCCAAAGAGUCUUUUCCCCACCUGUAGUAAGGAGAGUAGACUGGUGGGAAGCUACAAGCCAGAAAGGCUUAUGGGCAAAAAGAAGUGGGCCAAACUUCUUUAAAACAAAUAAUUUUGGUUCUUUUUUUGAUAAUUAGUAAGUAAAAGGUUUACAUUUCUUCUAUUGCUGUUGAUUUUUAAAUUUAGCCUGCAUUCUAAAAUAUCGUAACCAAGUUAAUACCAAAAAAUACUUUUAAUGUCUGACAUCUCUUAUAUCUCAUGUGGUUGUUUUUACUCAUUGUAAAUAAACUUGGAUAAAUUUGAAAAUGAACUUUUAUCUUACAAACUAUGAUUAUCAAUUUGUAAAUUUACCCUUUGACUUAAUGUAAAUUUAAAAUGUAUCCAUUAAAUUCUCUAUAUUUAAUGUAUUAUUUUCAGCAAAUGUUUUUAAUCUCAGUUGAAUACUGAGCAGUUUAUAAUUAUGUAUAAAUAUUUUAUGUUUCUUAUCAAUGUUGACUUUUUUGCACAUUUUCCAAACAUUUAAUUUGUACACUGAUUUAUAUGACCAAUAAUUGUUGAGUGUCUGAGGAUCAUGAGUGUGUGCAUUGAACUACUGUCUUUGUGUUUGCACUUCUUCCCAGAUGUAGCCCUCCGUUACUACGCUGCUACAACACUUAGUAGGACCUUCUUGCUUUUGCAAAGUUACCUUGUGUGGUUCUGUCUUUGUCGAGGAACUCAGGAGUUCAGUGUUGCGUUCUAAUUUUAUCCUGUAUUCUGAAUCAGUUCCUAGGUUGAAAGUAUUCUGUUUCAAGAGAUAUGUGUUUGUCUAGAGAUGCCCUUUUCUGUGUGUAGGCACAUGUAUAUAUCUUAGUAAAUUCUUAUUUUCGUUUCAUUUCUACAAUUUAAAGAACUUUAUGAUAAUUAAAUAUAUGUAAAGGAUUUCUGAAAAAUUAUUUACUAUAUAUAUACUAUAUUUUCAUCUGGCUGGUCAAAAUUAUUUUUUAAAUUUUGGUUUUAACCAUUUAAGCAUUUGUAGUUCCAAAAUCAGAUACAGAUUUUGCUUAGAGCUCAGUUAAAAUACUCUUGCAACUAACAUUCUUUUGGGGGUUGGGGUGGGGGAUUGUUAAACAGUAGCAAAACACACUGUCCACAAACAUGGCAUUUGACCUCUCGGAGCUGUUAAAAAUGUAAGAAAUUAAAUUGUCUUGAAGACAUGUCAAGAUUUUUAUAUGUCCAUUACUUUAGGCCUGUCUGGCUUUUGUUUUUGAGUAUUUCCUUUAUUUCCAAGUUUUCAGGUUUUAAUUUUUCUCUUACUGAGCAAAGUUAGACUGAGUGUAUGAGGCAAUGCAUUGGCAUAUUGUCAUUCUUCACAGUUGACUACCAUUGUUAGGAAUCUCAAAAUACGCGGUAUGUCUUUAUACUGUACUGUGUGUUUUAAGCAACUGACAGAAAAAGAGUUGGAAAUUAGGUUUCCCAUCUGACAGUGUUUCUGUAUUCAGUGUUCAAUGGAAGCCUUCUAAAGUAUGUGGUGUUAUAAAUGAUCUGUGUUAGGAAUAAAGCCCACGGUUGAAGUUGACUAUCACUAAACUUAUUAGGUUGAAAGGAACCCAUGUGAUUAGAACCUACCAGAAGCCAGACACAGUGUAGUAUGUGCCACAUUUCACACACAUUUUGGGUUUGUUGUUGAUUCAAAAUUGUGCUUGUAAAAAAUGUGUAAAAUUUCUUGAGUUUUAUAAUUUCUAUGUAUUUUUCUCUUGCUGGUAAAUAGCUUUUUAAAAAUUUAAUAUAAAAGAAACCUUGUUUAUAUUUUGUUAGUGAUAAUGACUUUGUUUAUAUGGCAAUUUGUGUAUUACUGACACAUCUUUAUUUAGAUUUGUCAUGCAUGAAGGCCUGCGAUAUUUAGUACAGUGAGACAUACUUUUUCUUUCCUGUUCAUCUUUGGACGGAUUGUGGUACAGAGGCUUACUCUCGGUAACCUUCUGGACUACGGGAUGGACAUAAAUGAUGGCACUUUGAGUGUUAAUAAAGCUGGUAUUUAUUCCCACUGUGA